AUGGCGUCCUCAAGCCUGCUUUCGCUCCCGGAGGAGCUACUCUUCCUCUGGCAUACCCAUCGACUGGAAAUCCUCCUCUCCGCCGGCGUCCUGAUAGCUUGCGCCCGUCUCGCGAUCCAUUGGCGACAGACUCGGCGGAAAGCGGUCCUGACACCACCCCUCGGGUCCCCAGUAGAUGAGAAGGUACCGAUAGUGACGAAGAAUGAUCUGGUGGAAGCAGAGCACUUCGUGCCAAUACCGACAGCGCCAGGUGCGGUCAAAUCAGCAGAGAAGUCCGGACCAAAGCGAGUAACUGGCGUCAAGAAGACAAGGAGAACAGCCAAGCAAGACUCGAUAGACUCGAAGGACGGCGACGAGGUGACCAUACAGCCAUUGAUAUUCUACUUCUCCCUCGGCGGCAGCACGAAAGCCUACGCUGAGCAGUUACGAGGAGUUCUGUCAAACAAUCAGAGGAUCCUUGAGCCUGUGCUCCACGACUUGACGGAGAUCGACUACGACGACUUCUUCGUCUCACCUCCAAAGUCCACGAGUGCUAAUACAGUAUACUUCUACUACUUCCUCAUCCCGUCCUACGACAUCAGUACCGAGCUCGACAACUUGCUCGACCACUUGAAGGAGACGCAUCACGACUUCCGGAUUGAUACAGCACCCUUAUCUGGACUGGCAGGAUAUGCUGUAUUUGGCUUUGGAGAUCGACAAGAAUGGCCCAGCGAAGAGGCAGGGUUUGGGAAGGAUGCCGUAGCUGUGGACAAAUGGAUGGCGAGGUUGACGGGUGGGAAGAGGGCGUUUCCGUUGGGCAUGGGAGAUGUGCGGUCAGACGUGGAGGAGAGGCUGCAAGAAUGGAAGACUGGUGUGAGUGGUAUACUGGAAGAGGUGUCUCAAGGCAAAGGGUUAGGCGAAGGCGCUCCAGGUGCAGGAGAAGCCAUCGAGAGCGGCGAUGAAGACGACGAAGACGACGUUCCCGCCAUAACCCAAUCGAAACCCACACGCCCCAAACGCACCACCCGCUCCCAAACAUCCGACCUCGAAGACCUCAAAGGCCCAGCACCCAUCCCCGUCGACUUCACCACCGCCGCUCCCAAAGCAAUGGUCCCCACAACCUCCCCCACCUACACCUCCCUCACCAAACAAGGCUACAGCAUCAUCGGCACCCACUCUGGCGUCAAAACCUGCCGCUGGACCAAAUCCGCCCUCCGCGGCCGCGGCUCGUGCUACAAGUACUCCUUCUACGGCAUCGCCUCGCAUCGCUGCAUGGAAGCCACGCCCUCCCUGAGCUGCAGCAACAAAUGCGUCUUCUGCUGGCGCCACGGCACGAAUCCUGUUUCUACCACUUGGAGGUGGAAAGUCGAUGACCCGAACGACAUCUUCGAUGGGAUGAAAGGCGCGCAUCUCCGCAAGAUCAAGACCUUGCGGGGUGUCCCUGGCGUCCGAGCAGAAAGAUUCGAAGAAGCAAUGCGCAUCCGCCACUGCGCCCUCUCCCUAGUCGGCGAACCAAUCUUCUACCCCCGCAUCAACGAACUCCUCUCCCUCCUCCACGGCGAACGCAUCUCCACCUUCCUCGUCUGCAACGCCCAACACCCCGACCACCUCGCCGCUCUCAACCACGUCACUCAAUUGUACGUCAGCAUCGACGCCUCGAACGCUGAGUCCCUCAAACGCAUCGACCGCCCUCUACAUCGCGACUACUGGCAGCGCUUCCUCCGCUGCAUGGACAUCCUGCGCGAGAAGCGCUGCACCCAACGCACAGUCUUCCGCCUCACGUUAGUCAAAGGUUUCAACAUCGACGAAGAAGCCGAAGGCUACGCCGCGCUCGUCGAGCGCGCACGCCCUAGCUUCGUCGAAGUGAAAGGCGUCACGUACUGCGGCACCUCUACCUCCCAGGGCGCGGGGUUGAGCAUGCAGAACGUUCCCUUUUACGAAGAAGUCUCCUCCUUCGUGCUCGCACUGGAAUCCGCUCUCAAACGAAAGGGAUUGGACUACGGCAUCGGCGCCGAGCACGCUCACAGCUGCUGCAUUUUGCUCGCGGACCGGGAGCGGUAUUUCCUUGAAGACGGGGAUGGAGUGAAAAGGUGGCAUACGCUUAUUGAUUAUCAGGCUUUCUUUGAGUGUUUGGAGAGUGGAAAGGAGUUUGGACCGGAGGAUUAUGUGGGGGCUGCCACACCUGAGUGGGCGGGGUGGGGGAGGGGUGGGUUCGAUCCGAGGGAUGAACGGGUUGAUCGGAAGGGGAGGAGGAUUGAGGAUAAGUCGUAG